CGGGGAAGCAAAGGUUUAUGAGCAAGCUGAGAGGUUACAAUCAUAUUCCUUUAUGUUAUCUCUCUUCACUAUCCAAUCUUUUUUAUUUCCCGAAAAAUGCAGUUCGAGGUUUUUGAUAAAAGCAUCAAACAGGAAGCUAUAGAAGUUGUCGCCUCCAAGUUUCCAGGAGUGAUUACUUCGAUAGACGUCAAUGAAGAAGAAGGCAAACUAAAGGUGACGGGAGAAUUUGACAAGCUUGAAAUGAUGAAGGAACUAAGGAAGAUAGAUGAAAAUGUUGAGAUGAUAGAUGAACAUGGGACUCCAAAAAAGAAUAACCCAAAAUGGGAGGAGUUUCUAAAUGAGGACUUGAAAAGAGAGAAGGCAAGCGAGCCGAUACUAGCAGCUCCAAGCUCCCAACAACGCUCCCCGGAGGAAUCAACCGUAUUAUGUCAAGCGUUGCCAGCCAAAACUUUUGAGAGAACGCUCGAAAUCGACUCCUGCCGCGGGGUUGACAAUCUCGGUUCAAGCAGCCGCAUCAGGACCAGAACAAAAACAAACAAAAAGUGGAUAUUAACCAAUGGAAGCCAAAGAACUCAAGUGACUUGUAUGCCCAUAGGAAUCCGUAUAAUUCGUAUGAGGACCUUGCCCAACAUGGAAAAAAAAGGGGAAACGACAAAAGGGUUAGCACAAGGUUCAAGCAGGACACGCUGCACAGGAAGUUCGUCGGACACUAUCAAGCGGACAAGGCACUACAACCACGCGAACACUACCAAGCGAAGCCAGUACAUUCACGGGAGGCCAAAGUCUUACAUAAACACGACCAAAGAAAUCGCAAUCAGCUGCAUAGCAAAGGAGGAACGGCAUAUAAAUUCUGUUUUAUGAGUCUUAAGUAGCUGGAACCAUGCAGAUUUUUUCGUUAGAUUAGUUUUGGACCUGAAUUUCAUCCCAUUUUCUUGUAAUAAAGUUUGUGCCUUUAUUUAUUUGUCGUGGUAUUUAUUAUAUAUUGGCUUUCUAUGUACAUGUUUUUGUUUGCCUUAAGAUUUGAUCAUCCA